UUGGAAAUACUAGUACAGAAUUCAGAACUGCCGUUCUUGUUUUACGGAUGUUGUGUUUCCCCUUCUUUUGUUUUCACGAUCCAACAGCACUGCAUGGAUACUCAGUUGGAACUUGGAUGUACGAGCGUGCUCUCAUUAUUAUUUGGACUUUACCGUCGCAUUGCAAGUUAGUGAUGCCGCAACACUAACACUACGAGCACUGGUAUACAUGCUGGAUUUCCCGUUCUUCGUUGUUGCAACAGCGUGCCUGGUCUCGGGAGUUUCUUGAGCUCGCCAGUGACGUGCGAAAAUGGGAAAGAAAGUACCAUAUGAUCGACGCUUCCUGUGACUGAUAAUCAUAAUCUGCGCCAUUGACUGCUGCAACCAACCAGUGCACUUCCCGGCCACCGCAGUUCCUUUCGCAUUCACCCGUUUAUGCCCCCCGCGUGAUGCACGACAGGAUUCGUUGCCGAAAUGAGUUCAACAGAGUCCGCCGCGUCCAUCAUUCAGUACAUGCGCACCACCGGUUUAUUCCAGUUCUAUUGCGCUCCUUGCGGUAAGUACUUCCAGCAUCUCUCUCUGCUGGAGCUCCACAACGCCACCCAUACCCCGCCUGCCGAACCGCCCAGCCAGCGCCACUGUCCAGCCUGUGAUCUCACCGGCAGCGACUUCCAACAGCUGGCCGAACAUGUCAUCCAGCAUGCACUGGGCAAAAACGACUGGGUGCGAUGCUCGUUAUGCGGGCUGGAAGUUAGCCGGGUUAAAGAUAACCGCAUGCAGAUGCACCUGGAAACCAAACAUCCCGGCGAGUUGGCAACCAUCUGGGCGGAUUGGCCGUUCCCCUGCGAACACUGUCCACGGCGGUAUUUUCUCCGGAAUCGGCUGGUGCGACAUGUGGGCGAGAUGCAUCCGGACGCUUCCUUGCCGUCGGACCCCACGGAGGUGUGUCCGUACUGUGGGAAAGUGGUGACGGUGAUGCAUCUGCAUCACAGGAAGAACCGAUGCCGAGCCCCGUGGGAUCGGCUACCGUAUCGCUGUCAACAGUGUCAGAGCGGUUAUUUCACUCACGGACAGUUCAUUCAGCACGUUAAGAGUGUUCAUAGAGGUCAGAACCAUCCGGACGCCGCCUUACCGUUGGACCACAUGAAAACGUGUCCCUACUGCGGGAAACUGUUUACGGCGCUGCGUCAACAUCUAAAACAGAACCGAUGCCCAGCCCCGUGGGAUCAGAAGCCACAUAGAUGCUACCGGUGUCAGACCGGUUACUGCACCCACGGGAGCUUCAUGCAUCACGUUGCUAAAGCCCAUGCGGGAGAUGUCACAGUUGGUUUCGCGCCCUCGUUAGGACAAACAACAGCGGAUCGAUCGGAAGCAGUUGACGGGGCUCACCAUCGCCCCCAGGACAAAUUGGAAGAAGCAGAAGCCCCUUUGUUGGAGGAAGUCGACAUAUUUAGUACUAAGGACGUUAGCGGAAACUCGGGCACUAGUGAUGUGAAGCGCGCUACCGAGAAUCCGGUUCUUAUCCAGACGGAAUCCAUUGAUGGAGAUCCUCCUUUACUUGGCCUCACGGUGUCGGACGAGUUAACAGCACUAACGGUGCGUGCCGUUAAAGAAGAACUGUUGGGCUGGGUGGACAGCGAUCCCUGGGGACUGCACAGCAGCGAACACCGUAACACGGGGCUGCCGUUCGGAGAAGAGGAUCCCGAUGCGACUGACUGUUCUGUUAUCAUCGAAACGGAGAAUUCCAUCGUGCCUGCGUUAGUUAACGUCACGGAUGAUUCCGACACCGGCGACACGGCCCUCUUGUGUGCUGAAGAGUUGCUUGCUGAUGAUGAGAUUGAUGCUCUCCAGACCACUACAUCGUCUGAGAAACGUUCGAAAGCCGUAACAGUGCCAUCGCCAGCGGAUGUCGCGGUGGCUCGCUCUUACAUGAAAACCACCGGUCAUUUCAACUACUUCUGUCCCCCGUGUCGCAGCACCUUUCCCACGAUGCCGUUGCUUGAUCUGCAUAAUGCAUUAUGUCAUCCUAUGACGGAUGCCGGCAGCAUUGAUGUACCGGUAGGGAAGUGUCCCCAAUGUGAUUACACCGGUCAGGAGAUGCUCCAGCAUGUUAAUCAGCAUGCUUUCAGCAAGAAAGACUGGGUACCGUGCUUACUCUGCGGCGAGGAAAUCUAUCAAAAAGAGACACAUCUGUAUAGUAAGAUGCGUCGGCAUGUGGAAGAACGGCACCCGGAAGAGUUCGAUGCCAUCUGCCCCGAUGGGGAGCUGCAGUGCCCGGAGAUGGAUUGCCGGGAAAAGUUCUUUUCCAGCGCACAGUUGGUGCGCCAUAUCAGCUCUGCUCAUGAGAGAGAACGAGGGGACGAUCAAGAGACCGUGUUGGAUCGGGCAACGCUUGAAGACCGGAUGCAAGCACGGGACAACCCGAAAAGGAAAUAUCAAGGUGCCCAACAUGUCCUGAGAUUUCUGACCCGCCUCCAGGAAGAGUCUGGAUACCAGUGCGAUAAACGUCCGUCCGGGUUCAUGGCUGAGGUAUCUCCGUUGAAUCACCUGAAAACCCACCAUCCGGACGACAAUGCGGUCCGGUGUGGGCAGUGUCAGCGUCGCUGUGACAGUGCCGGGGGGUUGGAGGAGCAUGUCCGCGCGAAACAUGUGGGAUGGGAGUGUGUGUAUUGCGGUGUGACGAUGGACAACCACAGGUGGCACCCGGCACAGCACAAAGUCGACGACAGGUUCCCCUGUCCGCAGUGUUCGAGGCUGUUUAAGCGGUAUGCCGCCGUGACGCGCCAUAUGGAACGCGACCACUGGGCCAGCCAUGUUUGUGUAGCUUGUGGACACAUCUGCAAGACCUGGGCUGUGUCGAGAGCGCAUGCACGCGCGUGUGGUGCAGUUGCUGGGGGAGACGAUGACCUGCAGUGUGUAAAAGACGAUGCGAGUGCUCAACGCGAACACGGCGCCGGAGUUGUUUUCCACAAGAAACUGGGCAAAGCGAAACGUGGUCGUCAACGGACUGGAGUCACGGACUGUUCGACAUCUACGGUCGCGUGGCAGAUGACCGGCAAACUGUUGCUCGGCAUCGACAACCGGGACCCGUCUGUCUUACCUCCGUGCGAGCCGGUGAAGGGCGCUGAUGCGGAUAGAGUUGCGGCUGCAUCUUGCCUCGUUGAAUCCGCGUUACCGUGUGCAGCGUUAGCCAUGACUGGGGAAUCAUUUCAGUUCACUUCCUUACCGCUAGAUGUCGGUCAGUCAGCUAUGCACGGUAGCGACGCCAUUACCGACGGCGCGGUUGUGUCUUCCCUUGCCGAGUGCUUUCUUGCUGGAGAUAAUGAUCAGUACGACCCACUAGACCCGGUAACUGCAUUAUCCCCGUGUGACUCACCGCCACCACCAUUGGGGAGGGGAUCAUCGUGUAGCACUCCGCAUGGGGAAAGUUGCAAUGGAGAUUCAUUAGCGGAAAUGUGCAGUGGCAUGGAAGCCGGCAUUCCUAGUUUCUCGUGUUCAUCUUCCCCUGGUGAGUCGUUUAAAGCUGGUGAUAAAGAGCAGGACCCACAAAAGGCGCUGCUCCCACGGACUUCGCCGUCAUCGCCUGUAGCGACUGAACAGUGGUGUGAUAUCCUGCUUGCGGAAAUGCCAAGUGGAGAUUCAUUACUGGAAACGUUCGAUGGCGUGAAUUCUGCGCAUUCCGCGUCCGUCAUCGACUUCAUGCGCACCACCGGCUUCUUUCAGUUCUACUGCGCUCCCUGCCGCAAAACCUUCCAGCACCUCUCUCUGCUGGAGCUCCACAACGCCACCCAUUCCCCUCCCGCCGAACCGCCCAGCCAGCGCCACUGUCCAGCCUGUGAUUUUGCCGGCAACGACUUUCAGCAGUUGGCCGAGCAUGUCAUCCAGCACGCACUUGGCAAAAACGACUGGGUGCGAUGUCCGUUUUGCGAGCAGAACGUUAGCCGUGUGAAAGAUAACCGCAUGCGUCUGCAUCUGGGAACCAAACAUCCCGAUGAGUUGGCGGCCAUCUGGGCGGAUUGGCCGUUCCCCUGCAAACACUGUCCACGCCGGUACUUAUCGCGGAGGUGGUUGAUCCGACAUAUGGCCGAGAUCCAUCCGGGUGUCUCCUUACCGCCUGGCCCUUCGGUACUGUGCCCGUACUGUGGAAAACUGCUGACGAAGCUGCCUCAACAUUUAAGAGAGAACCGUUGUCGAGUCGCGUGGGACAAGAAGCCGUAUCGCUGUCAACAGUGUCAGACCGGGUAUUUCGGUGGGGGACAAUUGAUGCAGCACGUUUACGAUGUCCAUCCUGGAAAGGCAGCGGGAUUCGCCGCAUCGUUACCACAAACGACAGCAAAUGUAUCGGAGCAAGUUGAUGAUGCUGAUCCCGCAGCACCUCUGAGUGAUCGCAAGAGAAAAGCUAAAAAGCUCCAAAAGUCAACGAAGCGUAGAAAGCGUGAUAUUUCUGAUCGUGCGGUUGCCUCCCAGAGCGAUGCUAUACCGGCGGAAGCGAGUUUCGUCCUUGCUGCAGAAAUCGUUGCCUCCAGUGAAACUGUUGCGAGUAUUGGACGGCAGCGGUCUCCGGUUAUUUCCGCUGAUGACCAGAUAGCUGCUCCAUCAUUACGGCGGAGUCAGCGUUUAUCGAAACUGCGUCAAACUUCCGCAUCGAAACCGCAGGAUCCCAGCACUCGUUCCCAACCACAGGAAACAUCAACCUCGGCGACGGAUUUUCAGAUGAGUCCGAGCGGAUCACAGUCGGAAAAAAAACAGCCCGCGAUGCGUGAUCACGAAGAGCAGUCUGAAUGUGGAUCGAUCCAGGAUUCCUCCUCAGAGUGGGACGCUGCAUCCGCAGCGUCGGAAUCAGAGGAAUCCGAUGCAGAACGGAACGCCCCUUUGAAGUUUAAAAAUACGGCGAAACGACGGAAACACCAUACACGAGGGGAUGGCUGUGCGUCGACGACAGUCGAUGAUAUUAUUAACAGUGAUAAUCCAGAGAAGUCGGCGCAGCAUAAGCCCAAGCGGGGCAGAUCUGAUCUCCGACCUCCGACGGCAAGCACGCGGUGCCCAAUUUGCCGACGCUGCUGGCCAGAGAUUGAGCAACAUUAUCGUGAAAAACAUCCAGAAUUGGUUGCAGAGCUCAUUCCGUGUCGGCUUAAGGAUUGCAAGGCAGUGUUUCUGAGACAGAAAAGCUUACGGAUCCACAUGCUUCGGGCCCAUUACGGCUCUGUCACAAUGUUGAAUACUGAUCGGCAAGUCGCUGCGGCAACGGAGGAAGUCGAUGAUGGUGUGACGUUGACGACAGCGGAUGAUGCAAGAAAACCACCUCCGCCGAAAGCGAAGUCCCGCAGAUCUGAGGUCGGACUCCGAAAAACAACCGAGCGCUGUCUAAUUUGUCGCACAGAGUGCUCUAAGAAAGGAAUCGACGAACAUUACCGGAACAAGCAUCCAGAUAGUCUUGAAAAGCUUGCACAAGCUAUGACCUGUCGGUAUCCGGAUUGCAACCGGGCGUAUCUUACUGAAAAAGGCUUAAAAUACCACAUGUCGCAGGCCCAUCCCACCGGUAACACCACGGUGUCGGAAGACGAUCAGCAAGUUGCUGCGGCGUACAUUAUCGAAACCGGUUUCCUGCAUUUCCGCUGCACGGUGUGCCAGUUGAAUUUCAGUCGAAAACCCCUGUUGGACCUCCACGUACUGCAGCACGACAGUGCCGUUGACCGCGAGGAACAGCGUCAGUGUCCCGCGUGUGAAUACACGCCUGCCAGCCUCACUGAUUUAUCCCAGCACGUCAACGUACAUGGGUUCGCCAUGUCGCUUAGGCAGCGCCAGCCGUGCAUGCUGUGCGGUAAAUCGAUUUUGAACUAUCACGGUAAGAAUUUACGCGUGCACAUGGAACGGGUCCAUGCGGACGUGAUGUUGCAGCGGAAGCAGCUGCAGAGUUUUCCAUGUGGCAAGUGUGAGAAGACCUUCGAUACGGCCUACGCCAUGAAGCAGCACGUCAACAUCGCGCAUAAGAAAACCAUGUGUCUGUACUGUUGCACGCAUUUCGCGAGCUGCAAAGAGUACCACGUACAUGUGGCGGAGCAUAAGGUGGAGGGUGUGUUCCCCUGUCCGCAGUGCACGGCCUCCUUCAGCUCCUACAUGGCCAUACGAGGACACUUUAGCAUUCAUGAUGCCAGUCGUGUUUGCCUGAUUUGUCGGAAGGUGUGUCGUUCGGCGAAACGGCUGGAAGGUCAUCUGCGACAUUGUGUGAAACAGAAAGCGCCGACACGGCAACGGGAACGUCCCGAGUUGGACGACGGGGCGGCCAUCGAGUUCCCGUGUUCCGUAUGUAAUAAGCGGCUGGUGGGGAUGCAGAAGCUCUUCUGGCAUAUGAAAAGCCGUCAUUUUGUGGGCAGCGCCAAGGAGAAGCGGCAGCAGUGGAAGAAGGAGAAGGAGACCAACGCGCAGCUGAAGGCCUUCUUCCGUCCCAAGAGAACCAUGACGUUUGAAGAGUUUAAUCAUCGCUGCGAAGCGUGCCGGAAAGGGUUUCGGUGGCGGGAGAGUCUGCUCAGCCAUAUUGAGAAAAAGCAUGCGUCGGGAGGGAAAAACUUCUGACACGCAUUUUGUUUAUGUAACUACUGUGCUCCGGUCUCGAAGGGGAUGCAGUAUUAUGCAUUUUGAGUUUUUGUAAUUCCGUGGUUUAGCUGGAUUUUCUGUUUCGCUAUGUGACUAUGUCGGUAAGGUUUUGUCUUAACAAAGCAUUUGACCCCAUCGUCUUUGCUGUCACAAUAAAGCAGCGCUU